AACCAUGCAUGACAAACCCGACCUCUUUUCUUCUUCAUGGUUUUCUUCUUCCUCCUUUAGGUCAUCAAGAAGCUACGAGCCUACGAAAGCAGAACAAAUCCUUCCAUUUUCAUUGUUUCCCUUUAUGUAAACCAUGAAUCCAUCCUCUUUGUCCAAACUCCCCCUCCUCCUUAAACCUUUCCUUCUUUCUCUCUUUCUCUCCAUCUUUUUCCUAGUCUUUUUAGCCACUCAAUGCCCUCUCCUCCGCCUCAAAACCGCCCUUCAGACCGCUUCCAAUCCACCUUCCAGCGGCGCAUCGGGUCUCCAUAUCCGAGGGGGAUAUACCUCCUACAACGCAUACAUUGAGCGUCAGCUCAACAAAACCCUUAACCCAAAGCUCCGAAAGAUAUGGACGACGCGGGAUUGGGAUAGAAAAGUCAAGGUCUUCUCCCGUGUUUUCCAGAGCUUAAAGCACAGAAAGCUCAUUUUCAACGAGUCGAAGGCCUUGUCUAUAGGAGCUAGAGUCGGACAAGAAGUGGCGGCGAUGAAGGUGGUGGGAGUGUCGGAUGCGGUCGGCAUAGAUUUGGUGCCGUACCCUCCGCUCGUAAUGAAAGGAGAUUUCCAUGCGCAGCCAUUCAAGAAUCAGACAUUUGACUUCGAGUUCUCCAACGUCUUCGAUCACGCGCUGUACCCGUGGAAUUUCGUUGGGGAGAUCGAACGGACGUUGAAGUCCGGAGGGGUUUGUGUCCUACAUGUAGCGGUGAGACGACAGACGGAUAAGUUCUCGGCCAAUGAUCUGUAUAGCGUGCAGCCAUUGCUGGAGUUGUUUAAGGAAUCGGAGCUGUUGGAAGUGAGGAAAGUUGAUGCAUUUGGUCUCGAUACCGAGGUUGUUUUUAGGAAGAAAAAGAUCAAGGAUUUUUAGAUAAUUUUUUUUAACAGUAAUUUCAUUAUUUCCAUUUUUUACAACCCAUUAAUUACAACUAUAUUAUA